GAUCAAACGCCACUUCAGAAUUGGCUCGUUCGCGAACGUUUUUCCGCCUUCCCUAGCGUGACCGAGUCCUCUAUGUGGUCGCUUGCAGGGGAGCCUCUAUCAGCUAGUAUAGCCAUCGAAAAUUCAGCUGGCUCUGAUUCUGUGCCCCUCCGUCACCGGCUUUUGGCUAUUUUUAUCAUUGAUUCCAGUACUUUGAAAUCAAAACCAAUAGAAAGAAGUGGUCUGGUUUCGCUUUCGCAACUUGAUCGUGAUGCCAGGGCGACUAGGUUAGGCUCACCUUGUCCGUAG